AUGUCCGUGGACGCUGCUAAGGAGGGCUUUUUCAAGGCCGAUCACUUUGCUGUCGCAGGAGCGUCGUGAGUCCUUCAUGUGAUCCUUAUGCACAAUCGAGCAUACGAAAGUCUGAAUCAGAAUGCAUCGCUUUGCAGCAAGGACCCUUCAAAGAUCGGCAACAAAGUGAGCGUUCAUGCGUAGCAUGCGCUUUUCUCCAUCCACCCUUCCUCGUCGCGCAUUCGCCUGUCAAGCGAAAUGGCUGUGCCCGCGCCUGACCCAUACCGUCUUCUUGUCGUGCUUGCAGGUGAUGAAGUGGUACAAAGCGCAUGGGUUCGAGCCGAUUCCUAUUCAUCCCAAGGAGGUUUCGAUCGAGGGCGCAUCCACAAUUUCGAGUGUCUUUGACAUCUACGAGCCCAAGACGACGAGCGUGUCGAUCAUCACUCCGCCACAUGUCAGCAUCAACAUCGUCAAGACUGCUCUGCUGGAACUGGAUGUUGCCGGAAUCUGGCUUCAGGUGAGUAAAAUGGCGCCACAGGACCUGCAUGCGUCAUCUGGCUCCGCUGAAUCUCUGCAUUGCUCUUCAUUUCACACGCAUCGGAACGCAUAUACACAGCCUGGAGCAGAGAAUGCAGAAUUACAGCAGUAUAUCGACACGAUGCCAGAUGAGCUCAAGAAUAGGGUGGUGAUUGGCGGCCCAUGCAUUUUGGUCGAAGGAGCAGCGCUCGCAAAAGCCCAGGGCAAGCUUUAG